AGGAACACAUGAAACACCAUGUCGUUAUCCAACCGGCUGGUUUGUAGAUAUUUUGCGUCUACGAAAAGUUCGAAAAAUAAUACAAGGACAAAAUGGAAAAGUGUUGUCGGCUUGGAGGUGCAUGCUCAGCUAGAAACCAAAUCGAAGCUGUUUUCCGGUGCAAGAUCGACAUUUGGGGCCGCUCCAAACACCUGCGUGUCUUUGUUUGAUGCAUCGAUUCCGGGCACACUUCCUGUGUUGAACAAAAGUGCCGUAGAACUAGGCGUGAAAACAGCGCUUGCCUUGGGCUGUGAGGUGAAUUCGGUGUCGAUGUUCGAUCGGAAGCACUACUUCUAUGCCGAUUUGCCGACCGGAUAUCAGAUCACACAGCAAAGGUCACCGCUUGCGCGACGAGGGUCUCUCUCGUUUCCAGUGUUUAUACCAGGCAUAACGAAGGUUCCAUAUUACAAGUCGGCUCGUUUGCAUCAACUGCAGUUGGAACAGGAUAGUGGAAAAUCGUUGCACGAUCCUGUGGAAAGGAAAAGCUUAGUGGAUCUCAACCGUGCUGGAGUGGCUCUGAUGGAGCUGGUAUUUGAACCGGAUUUGGAAAGUGGUGAAGAAGCGUCUGCACUGGUGAAAGAGUUGAUAUUGAUACUAACUAGGCUGCGAAGUUGUUCGUGCAAGAUGGAAGAGGGCGCCCUGCGAGUAGAUGCCAAUAUAUCGGUGCAUAUGGAAAACACUCCACUGGGAACUCGCACCGAGGUGAAAAACAUAGGUUCGGUGCGUGCAGUUUCCCAGGCUGUAGACUACGAAAUCCAGCGGCAGAUCAACAUCCUGAACGAUGGUGGAACUAUUCACAACGAAACACGUGCGUGGGAUGCCACUCGACGGAUUACGGUAGCGAUGCGGGACAAGGAGGUCGUCCAGGACUAUCGAUUCAUGCCCGAACCGAAUUUGCCUCCUUUACAUCUGAAGCUGCACGAGGAUUCAGAGGAAUACGGUGGCGACCUAGCCUUAGUGGAUGUUCCAAAAAUACAAAACACCCUGCCGGAACUUCCGGAGGAAACUCGUCAGCGGAUAAUACAGCAACACCAAUUAACUCCUGCGAUUGCCAUCACGCUAGUCAACGACAUCCCGUUACACGACUUUUACCGCGCCAUCGUUGACGAGGCAGAUUGUAACCGGUCACCAAAAAUGGUAGCCAACUUUCUCAUCAACGAACUACUGACCGUUUUGAAUAGCAACAAGCUGGAAACGGAUGAGUGCCGGCUUACGUCCGGACAGCUAGCGAAAAUUGUCGAUAUGCUCGAGGAAAACAAACUCAAUGCGCAUUACGCUCGACUAGUAUUGCAGGAGCUGCUGGCCGACGGCGUCGCUGGCAACAAGGUCAACUGCCCAGUGGAAAUGGUUACCAGAAACAAUUGGUUACUUAUCACCGAUGAAGAACAGAUUCGACAGUUCUGCAAGGAUGCGAUGGAGCGUAACCCGAAGGUGGUGGAGAAGUAUCGUAAAGGCAAGGAGAAGAUGCUGUAUGCGUUGGCCGGCGAGGUAGCGAAGGCAAGCGAACAGAAGAUAGACAUGGCACGAGCGGUAGAAAUGUUGAAGGACAUGUUAAAAUAAUUGUAACACUUCGUUCUAAGUGGCGUAAUAUAUAUUUUACAAAUCAAAAGUAAGCGACGUCAAGAUAUCUUGUCGGUGAAGUUUCCGUAGU